AUGCCCAAAAACAAAAAAAGGAAACUCAACAACCACAAUCAUCACCACCACAACCAAUCAACAUCCCAGGAUAUAACUCACGAAGAAAUCUGGGACGACUCAGCGCUGAUCAGGUCAUGGAACGAUGCGGUAGCCGAGUAUGAGUUUUAUCAUUCUAUUCAUGCGAAGGGGGAGGAUGUGGAUGAGGUUUUGAGACGGGCUGAGAUGGAGGAGCAGGAGAGUGGGGAGGCACGGCGAGAUGAGCAGGAGGUGGUAGAUGUUAAUGGUGUGCACGUGAACGUAGGUCAUGAGGGUGAGGCGGAAGAGGGCGAAGUCGACGAUGUCACCCAGACGACCGGCACUUUGCCUAUAGAAGACGACGUGCCAGUACGGAUUGGUCCACCACUGCCGCCUACUAUUAAGGCUUCAUCGGCAGCUCUUACUGGUAGUGCAGGUCCUGCACCAGCUACCACUGCUCCUUUAGGGGUUGAAGCGCAACUCCCGAAAACAGCAGGGACUUCAGCAGCUUCUAGUAGUGCUGACCAGACACUGGAAAACAUCAAGAUGGCUUAUUACUGGGCGGGAUACUAUUCGGGCUUGUAUGAUGCACAGAGGCAGAGGGGUACAUGA